CGUGAAUGCAUCCGUGUUGCCUUCAAAGGAGAAUUUUUUAGGAGUCGGUCCAUCCUGUGACUGGCUGCACUGAGAUCAGCUGCAUGUCGACGGAUAUAUCGCUUUUUAAAAAAAACGCGUGGAAUCCCUUUAAGCAACAAAACGGCGUGUUGUGUUUGUUUUGCAUUGCGUUUCAAAGCGUCGGAUAUGUGUUGACAUGGCCGGAGGUGUUCGCUGACUUGUUCAGGCUCGGUAUGUCGGAUGAAGAUUCCCGUGCCAGCACCAGUUCUUCCUCCUCUACAUCCUCAAACCACCAUCAUCAUCAUCAGCAGCAGCAGCAGCAGCAGCAGCAGUCCCAGCAACAACAACAACAACAACAACAACAACAACUACAGCAAGACACCAUCUCGUCCAAGAAACGUGAAAGCAAAGCCAGCAUGAGCAAGACCUCCAAACUCCUCUCUACUAGUGCUAAGAGAAUUCAGAAGGAGCUGGCUGACAUUACGUUGGAUCCACCGCCAAACUGCAGUGCCGGUCCUAAAGGAGACAACAUCUAUGAGUGGAGGUCGACCAUCCUGGGCCCUCCAGGCUCCGUGUACGAGGGAGGGGUCUUCUUCCUGGACAUCGCCUUCACACCAGACUACCCCUUCAAACCCCCCAAGGUGACGUUUCGCACGAGGAUCUACCACUGUAACAUCAACAGCCAGGGGGUGAUCUGUCUGGACAUCCUGAAGGACAACUGGAGUCCUGCUCUCACCAUCUCCAAGGUCCUGCUGUCCAUCUGCUCCCUGCUCACUGACUGCAACCCUGCUGACCCUCUGGUUGGAAGCAUCGCCACACAGUACACAACAAACAGACCCGAACACGACAGGAUAGCCAAACAGUGGACCAAACGCUACGCUACAUAAUCACCUGAGGAGGAGCUGCUGCUGCUGGUUGGGCGACCGGAGGAUGUGGGCGAGGGGUUAAUUCGGGGAAGGGGCGUGACUCUCAGAGGGAAGAGUGAGGUGAUGGGGGGGAAGGGGGGGGG